GGGCACGGCACGCAGACGCACGCACCCUGGCGCGGCGCGGCACGGCACGGCGUGGCGGCGGCGGCUGCAAGCAGGGAGCAGGGCGGCGGGGCUGCUAUAAAUCUGCCGAGCGGUCCGCCUCCCUGCAAGGCACAGCACGGCGCGGCAUCGCACAGCACGAGCAACGGCACCGCACCGUACUGCACGGCGUCCUUCCCCCCUAACCCUCCCCCCCACUCCUAGCCGCGGCCCCGCGCGUUCUCCGCGAUGCAGCAGCUGACUCCGGCGGCUCGGUGCUAGGAAGGGACCGGCAGGCGGGCAGGGAAGCAGAGAGAGAGACCGUCUUUAAAAUCGGCCCUUCCAGCCUCUGCUCUUUGUUCCUUUAUUUCUCCCUCCCUCCUUUUUUUUUUUUUUCCCCCUUUUUUUUUUUUUUUGUUUUUUUUUUUUUUCGCCGGGGUUGCGGAAGGAGGGUCGUCCUGUCACGCUCUCUUUUUGAGUUCCCCCUUUUUCAUUUUUUGCUUUUCCAUAUUUUUUUUGUUUCUGAUUUUUUUCCCCAGUGUUGGACUGUUGGGGGAGGGGGGGAAGAGGAUUGUUUUAUGAGUUUUUUGGGUUUGGUUUUUUUUCCCCUUCCAUUUAGCACUUGUCCCCAAUUCUAGCUCUUGUGUGUUGUCUUGAGAGAACUGUCCGUCUGCCUCUUGCUCCUCUUUAUUGAGAGAACUGCACCGUUACUUUAUUUUUUAAGCCGAGGAGAGGAAGACGGCAACUCCAAACUAACAUGGCAGUCAGACUCUGUGAUGUGGCUUCUCUGCUUAGAAGUGGUUCGUGGGCAGCAGAGCCUUGGACUGGGCAGGUAAUUGGUGCCAUGGAAACACAACUGUCUAAUGGACCAACCUGCAAUAACACAGCCCACAGUUCAAACACUAUAAAUAAUUGCUCAUCUCCAGUUGAUUCUGGAAACACAGAAGACAGCAAGACCAAUUUGAUAGUCAACUACCUUCCACAAAACAUGACACAAGAGGAACUGAAGAGCCUGUUUGGCAGCAUUGGUGAGAUAGAAUCCUGCAAGCUUGUCAGGGACAAAAUUACAGGACAAAGCUUGGGUUACGGUUUCGUGAACUAUGUCGACCCCAAGGAUGCUGAAAAAGCUAUCAACACUCUGAAUGGAUUGAGACUUCAGACUAAAACCAUAAAAGUUUCUUAUGCGCGACCAAGUUCAGCUUCUAUCAGAGAUGCAAAUUUGUAUGUUAGUGGACUUCCAAAAACAAUGACCCAGAAAGAACUGGAACAGCUCUUUUCCCAGUAUGGACGCAUUAUCACUUCUCGUAUUCUGGUUGACCAAGUCACUGGGGUAUCAAGGGGUGUGGGAUUUAUCCGGUUUGACAAACGAAUUGAAGCAGAAGAAGCUAUCAAGGGCUUGAAUGGCCAGAAACCUCCAAGUGCCACAGAGCCUAUCACUGUAAAGUUUGCUAACAAUCCAAGCCAAAAAACCAAUCAGGCCAUCCUUUCCCAGCUGUACCAUUCUCCAAACAGAAGAUAUCCAACACCUUUAGCCCAGCAGGCUCAACGUUUUAGUUUGUGUCCUAACAUUUGUUUCUGCUGCAAAACUCUGCACCUGCCUGCAUGUUUAUGUCAGCUACGUAUCAGAGGCUCUGGUAGAAAAUCCAUCCGAAACAAUAGGUUUCCUCCAAUGACCAUCGAUGGCAUGACCAGCUUGGCUGGAAUUAAUAUCCCAGGACACGCAGGAACUGGGUGGUGCAUUUUCGUGUACAACUUGGCUCCUGAUGCUGAUGAGAGUAUCCUCUGGCAGAUGUUUGGACCCUUUGGAGCAGUAACCAAUGUGAAGGUCAUCCGUGACUUCAACACCAACAAGUGCAAAGGUUUUGGAUUUGUGACUAUGACAAACUAUGAUGAGGCAGCUAUGGCAAUAGCCAGCCUGAAUGGAUACCGCCUUGGGGACAGAGUAUUGCAGGUCUCUUUCAAAACAAACAAAACGCACAAAGCCUAACAAGUUCUUCUCAGUGCAUUAAUUACAUGAAAACUAUACAACAAAGGCAAUUUAUGAGAAGCUUUAUGCAUUAGUAAAUGCCUUUGUUGUAUGUCAGUGUGGAAAUGGGGAUAAAAUGACUACUUAGCAUCCUAAGAAUAUGUGAGAUUUUGUAUUGCUAAUAUUUGAAUUAAAACUUCUUAAAUAUCUUUUGUGUUUGAAUAUUGACAAGAGGUACAGGGUUUUUACCUGUCACGAUGCAUAUUCUAUUGCCUUCUUUGAAGAAGGUGGACCUUUUAAAAUGUUUCAGCUAAAGGAAGAAGUUUUUUCUUUGUACGUGACUGCCUUGAAGCUAUGAGGAAAUACUGAGGCUUUGUGUUUUAAGUUGUUCUUUCGUUACUUCUUCAUUUGCCUUGUGUUUUUACUUCUACGUUUCAGUGCAUUGCUGUUUUGUUCAAGAAAAGUAUUGAAGUUUACAUUUUAUUUAUAAAGUUAUAAGCAGUAUUUAUUUUAUCAUUAUCAUUUGAGUUGGGGUAUGGGAACACAUUAUAAAAGCUUAUUGUAAGAAUACUGGAGAACUUUUCGUAAAGCAGUACCUUGCCAAAGAGAUAAGAGCCUCUUUGAUGUGGGUUUAAAAAAAAAAAAGAAAAAAAGAAAAAGCAUCUAUUUUUAUAAAAAAUAAAAAAUAAAAAAAUUUGGAGAAACUUUUUACUGGUCCUGGAACAAAUAUUUUGACUUGAAUACUUUGAGAAAUCUCUUCAUAUGACACCUAGUGAGCUUUUGAAACUUACCAGGAAAUUUCAGUUGUUGGGGGAAAUUUAGAAAGAUUUAUGAUGUAGAAAUACUUUUGAGACCUUUGUAUUAAGAAGUAGAGUCAAUGGGAUGCACUGUUGGUUUCAUUUUUGUAAUCAUCAGUGGAGUCUUUGAUCAUCCUGGUUAUUAAGUAAUAGGUGGCUCACAUUAAUUUGUGAUUUUGGAACAAAUUAAAACUUAAAAAAAAAGACAAUAAGAGCAAGCAGGAAACAAAAUACUGAGAGAUGGGGGAAAAAAAAUCUGUUCUUCCUAAAGAAUUCCCUUCAGAAUAGAGCUCAUGGUGCUUUGUGAUGUACUUGCUAUUGUUUGAAGAAUUGUUUUGUCUUAAGAAAAGACAUUGAGCAUGGUUUGCAAUGCAGCAAAUCAGCAGAAGUGGCCUGAGUUGGGUAGAUUUGGAGGAGGUAUUUUGAAGGUUAUGUUCAAGGCUAACACCUGAGCUUUGUGUAAUGUAAAUAAGACCUUGAGUUACAAAUUUUUCAGCUGUUUUUUAUUUUAGUUUAUUUUUUAAGUUACAUGCCAAGUGAUGUUCAAAUUUGAAUGUUUUUGUAUGGUUUUUUCUUUGUAAAUGGCAUUAACAUUGUUACUUGAGGUCUGCUUACUCAUUUUCAUUGUCCUGAGGACUUGAAUUUACAGUGCAUCAGAUCUGUUGCUAUUUUUGUCUGUAGAUAGUCUAGCUUCAGCUGUUUAUGGUGAUGCUACAUUUUUUGUUUAUAAAUAUGUUUGUGGUAAAAAAAAAAAACCAAACAAGUAUAAUCAUAGAUUUUGAACAAAUUUCCUUACAUUUUUCAUAAGAAAACCAUAAAUACCUGUAUGCUAUUGAAAUUUAACUUUGUAUGACGCUUAAAUCACUAUUUGGGGAAAUAGAAAAAAAAGUCUUUACCGUGUAUUGAAUAAAUUUAAGAAAAAAUACAGAAUAUUUUCUGAUUAGCAUCUAGCUUAUUAAAUUUUUAAAAAAAGAGCUGAAGGUUCGAUGCCUUCACCAGGAUGCACUGACAACUCUGUAGUUACGUCCUGCUUUUUGUAUUAACUGAGAUGCUCAUAUGCUUCCCCUUAGAAAAGGCAAUGUUCUAUGCAUAACAUAGUUGUACACUAUCUUUGCAGUUGCUUUUGGUUCUUAUUAUUUUAAAUUGUAGUUAUAAAUCUUUCAGUAUAGUACAGUACAUACUGUGAAGCGCGUGCUAAAGUGAAUAAGCGAGUUUUCAUGCUGACCCACUCAAUGCUAUUCAAAAAUCAAUUGGCUUCCUGAGCACUUCCUCAUUCUUAGGUGCAUUUAGAUUGUUAAAGCUGAUCCUCUGCAUUAAAAAAUGUAUAUACUAUAGAAAUCACAAACUUUUCCAAUGUGGGGAAAACAGUAGCUACAUGCUUCUUUCCUAUACUACUGUAGCAACUAACGGCAUUGAUGAGAAGGCAUGUAAAUUUGGCUUCACUUUACAGUGUUUAUCAGAGCACUUAGUUAAAUAUAAGGCUGGUAUUUAUUUGAAGUUGUAUAGUAUGACUUAAUUCACAUCUGUUGGAAUAGAAAAUAUAUUCUGUUGAGUAUUUAAGAGGUUGUACAUGUUUUCUUUUGUGUUUGGAUCCUUUGUACUUUUUCAUGUUCAGUACAUCAAUAAACAAAGUUGAAGGGAAAA